AUGAAUAAUUUUGAAAUUUGUGUUUUGCUCCGCAACUAUUGGAAUAAAGGUCUGUCUGCAAGAGCUGCUGCUGCCGAAAUCAGCAAAGUGGAAGGCGAAGGAACGAUCGGGAAAACUGCCGCGAUAAAAUGGUUCAAGCGAUUCGAGGAUGGCGAUUUUGACUUCGAAGACAAGCCUCGUUCUGGCCGACCAUCUGUUCUGAACGAAGAGGACUUGCACGCUGCUUUGGAAGACGAGCCGUCAUUUAGUACUCACGAUUUGGCCGAUGAACUUGGAGUCGCGCAGCGGACCGUUGUCAAUUACCUGCACAAGUUUGAUUUUGUCCACAAGAAGCCACGACAAGAUCCUCACGAACUCACUGAAGCACAAGCUAUACGAUGUGUUGAAAUCUGCCGCCAACUGCUCGAUAAUCCGUUGGACGAUCGAUUCUGGAAGCGCAUUGUGACAUGCGACGAAAAGUGGGCUUUCUUGGUCAAUCGUGAUCGCUCUAGGCUUUGGGUUCCACGAGAUCAAAAUCUGCCACCGGUUGCUCGUCAAGAUCCUUUCGACAAAAAAGUCAUGUUGUGCGUCUACAACGUCUUGAAGCAGCGCUACCCGACGUUGAUGCGCCGAGAACGUGCCCUUCUUCAACACGACAAUGCUCCAGCUCAUCGUGCCAAUUUGACCAAGAAGAAGCUUGAUGAACUCGAUGGUGUAGAGGUUCUACCGCAUCCGGCUUACAGUCCCGGCCAUGCUCCUUCUGAUUAUGGCUUAUUUCGUUCAAUGGAGCACUUUUUGCAAGGACGACGACUUGAAACUUUUGAUCAAAUCGAAGCAACGUGCCGUGAAUUCUUUAAGUCCAAGGAGUCACACUGGUAUCGAGAUCAGAUUCGACAACUUGCAGAACGCUGGCGUAAGGUCAUUGAGAAUGAUGGGUUGUACUUUGAAGAAUAA